CGUCCGGCAUGCGGAGCAGAGUCGCCGCACGAUAAUGGGUGGUUCCUAUCAGCUGUUUUCAUGCAGGUACGGGCGAAGAUUGUCGAGUGCCUAUAUAAACAUAGAACUUACUCCAGGGUAGCUAGUCAGUCUAGUUACUAUCGUUCGAUCAAGUAGUUCUGCUUUCGCGGGUACACUCUCACACACGGGUUGCCAAUAUUUGUAAACAUUCGCACACCCCGUACGAUCGAUCAUGCAGAAGCAUUUCGCGUUGCUGCUCACAGUCGGUGCGCUAGUCGUACACGCCUACCCGACGGACCUGGGCCAUCAUGGAAGCAGUAGUGGAAGCAGUAGCAGUGGUAGCUCGGCCAUCAGCAACUCACAGUCAGCCGGCUUCGGUGGCUUCCCGGCCCUGCCCGGAUUCCAGGGAGGAUUUGGUCAGCCACAGUUCUCGCAACCGCUUGUAGCCGGACCGGGGCACAAUGCCGGUGGCUGGAGUCCGGAUGUGUUCGGUAAAGGAUUCCCGUUCCCCGGGGCCGGUAGCAGCUCGGGAAGCUCAUCGUUCUCCAGCUCCUUCUCAUCGAGCCACGGUGGUAAGGUGACCGGUUCACAGUCUCAGGCACAGUCCGGAAGCCACAGUGGCGGGCAUGGCGGUGCAUCGGGAAGUUUGGCCGGAUCGCAAUCGUUCAGCAAGGGUGGUCACGGACAUCAUGGUAGUGAAAGUGGAAGUGCUGCUGGAGCGCAAUCAGUUUCGCACGAUCAUCACGGUCACCAAGGGUCCUCGUCCGGUGCCCAGUCGCAGUCCACCAGCCACAACGUUCACGGCCACGAUCAUGGAAAGGAUCUGCACAGUGGCGCAGGAGCAAAUGCGCAGUCGCACUCCGUUGGCCAGGACCAGCACGGACUUCAUGGAGCGGUCGGUAGCUCUGCCGGGUCGCAGUCACAGUCGGCUUCUUCGGACCAGGGACACCAAGGUCAUCUAGCGUCGGGUAGCAAUGCGGGUGCACAGUCCGUUUCACAGUCCGUGCAGGACGCACACCACGGACAUGGCCAUGGACCGGCCCACGGAUCUGCCAGCUCGGCCGGUGCACAGUCACAGUCGAGUUUCGCGAAAGAUCACGGCCAUGGACAUCAUGGUUCGGGAGGUCAUCAGCAUGGAACGGGUGGCCAUCAUCAGGAGUAUCACCACGGACACAGCCGCGACGGUGAGGCAUUCGGAGUGCGCGUGAGUGCGGACGAAUCGCAAGACGGAUCGGUGAAGAAGACUGCAAGCGAAGCUUGGGUCUGGAAGGAUUAAGCCGACAGGCCUCCUUGCGGGUGAUAAUUAUGUAUUUAUGAUCAUUAGCGCUGCUAAUAAAAGUAGGAUAAUAAAAGAAGUAACUAUGGCGACAAACGA